AUGUCUUCGCCUUCUCCCGAGACACCGAAACCGAUAGAGACCCCCAGCUUCACCGAUGGUAACCCCGAGCUCUCUCGUGCCGCCAGCUACACCGAUCUUCAUAGCCCAACAACGACAGAACCCAGUCUAAGACGCACCUUUUCCGACUAUGCCGUGCCAGCGUUGUCUAAAUCGCCCACCAAGGAGAGUGUGGCUGCGGGGAAGGACAUCCUGCGUCGGACCUCUCAGCGCUCCAAGGAUAAGCCAGCCACCGUCUCACGUUUCACAUUGUCGUCAUCAGAGGAUUUGAAGGAUUCAGAAUCGCACGUCCCGGAAACAAAAGCCCCCGAGCCUGCCGUACGGCCCUCGAAGAGCCGUUCAAUGUCUGGGAGAAUAGUCAGUCUGGCCAGGAAACCAUGGGGCUCUUCCUCUCGCUCUCCUUCCCCGUCGGCGAAACGAUCCAAGCAACAAGACCAAUCCCCGACUCGAGCCGGUCGAAAAGCAGACGAUGAUCAGCCACAGCCUUCUCGCAGAAGAACCAUACUCUACAAACGUCCGCGUCGUCCUAUGGUGGCAGUGGUGGCCAAGGGCCCCGAAGACGGUACCGAUUCUCCGAACAGUCCCUCGGGGAAUUCUUUACGGCACAGGACCUCGUUCGAAAAAUUUACAGCUUCACUCUCGGUUUCAACACCAGUCUUACCACCGAUGCCGAAGGGGGCUGCAGAAACGGCUGCGUCGUAUGCAAUUCCUGGCGGGGAUUCGUCCCGGAAAAAGGACGAGCUAUGGGGAAUCUUUCGUGGAUUGGAGGCGGACUACCAGAAAUUCCAAGCCAAAUCUAGCUCUCUAAAAGCGAACGUGAUCCGGACUUGUCUCCUCCCUUUUCUUGGUCGUCAUCAUCUCCACGCGUCCUGCAAGGAUCUCCGACCAGAGGACUUGGACCGACGAGUCAACAUUCUUAACAAGUGGUGGAUUGGAAUGCUAGAGAUGCUCAAUGGCAAGCAUAAUCAAUCCAUCUCAGGGACAGACAGACCAGUGUUUCUGGAGGCUGUGGUGGGCAUCAUGACCCGACCGGAAUGGCGCAUCCCAUUUCCCAUGGCACAGCAAAACAGUGGACCUACAGAUUCGUUGAAAUAUGCGUCAACUUCCAUGUCAGAAACUUCCGAUGGCUCGGCCUCAUCAGGAUCGGAUUUCCUGGUCGAAUCGAUCCAUCACAAUAUUCGCAACAUCUUUAUCCAGAAUUUGCUGUCCCAGAUGGCAUUUGUGGUUGAACGAAUGUCUAUGAGACAUGCUCCAGCAAGCUUGGUGGCAUUCUGCGGAAAGGCUUGCGCGUACGCCUUUUUCUUCUGUCCCGGAGUCCCCGAAAUUCUGGUUCGAUUGUGGUGUACUCCUCCUGGCAUGUUUCGACGGAUUCUGGUAGAAUCGGCCGGGUCUCGUACAGGCAACACGCGUGCAUACACUCAAGAACUCGCUCUAUGCUUCCCACCUGCACUUCGUCCUCUUGCUUUCCAUUCACAAGCACCCCUAUUGCGGUAUCUGCGACAGAAGCCAGAAACACCUCUUAACACCGCAGGUAUUGUCUGGAAUCGCCCGUGGGUAUCUCGCUGGGCCGGGCGUGACACAGAUUUGUUUUUUGUAUUUGUCAAGUACAUUCACAUUCUGUAUUCGGAGUAUUUACCCCCAGAAACCGAAAAGGGCAAGCGGAUUCUGGCACCUGGUUUGUUGCUGGUUCAUGCACAGCUUCUUCUGGUCCUCGAGGAAACAAUCUACAAGCAGUCGACACAGCAAGCAUCCGAUCCGCACUCCGCUGCAGCGAUUACAUUUGAUGAUUUGAUUGAAUCGCCUGACGCCUCGGCCUCCUCUCAUCAUCUUCGCAGUGGCAGCAACAGUCAUCGGUCCAUGGCAGAGAAUCGGUUGAUUAUUCUACUGCGAGACUUUCUAUCAGAACAAUCCGCGGAACCGAAUCGUUCCAGAUUGCUCUUUGCCGAAUCUUUUUGUGGUAUCAUUAAGGCUGCUGCGCAGAAGACGUCUCUGUUUGACCACAAUGCGUGUUUCUUGUUGUGUGAUUUCCUCGAGGAGAUCAUUCCAAUCAUCACUCGCUACGCUCAGUCAAUCGAAACGGAGUUGUUUGAUUGGAGCUUCUGGCUUGAAGUUUGUCGACAAAUGAUGCAGAGCCACAAUUCGCUCACCGAGGUGCGCGUCUUCUCCUUCCUCUAUACCGUUUGGGGUACAUGGACUGCGACGGACGAAAGAAAAGCUUCUCUCUGUCUGGACUUCCUGUUAUUCGAGCCGAUUUUCUAUCACUACUUCAACCACUGGAGUCCUAUGGUGCGAGCAUAUUUCCACCGUCUUUUGUGCUGGCGGGUUGGACGCUUCAAUCCCGAUCCAUCGUCACUCGAUUCGAUGAUAUACGAGACCCUUUCAGAUCGUCUCCUGCGGGUCUGGGAGUAUUACAUUGGGUUUCAAUCCAAGGCAGAAGAAGGCAUGACGGCUCCUCUUUCUUCUGCUCCCUGCACACCGGCCCCAGGACGAAGAAUUAUCAUCAUACGAUGUGACAACCAGCUCUCUCCGGUCAAUCUGUUUGUCAGCUUCGACCGAGUUGUUCCACAAGCUCGUUCUGAUCCGACCAUGUCACAACGGCGGAAUGGACCAUCAGAAUUGCCGAAUGGAGAUAGCCAGCCCGCCAAAAAGCGAUGGGGCCUUCUCAAGGCCAUGUUUGGCAGUUCUUCCAACGCCCGUUCUGGUGACGGUGACAUCAGCACCAGAAGCUCUGAAGACUCUGAUACCAAUGAUACAGAUCUGACUAUACUUUCCGAUAGCAAGUGUAUGGAUGACCAUGAGCAGACUCCAACUAGCAGCGUCGAGGAGAUUGUCCGCCCGAAAACUCCUCCACAUCAGCCAUUCUUCUUCAAGUUCUCUCUGGAAUGGAUGGAUCGGCCCCAGUGGCCUACCAAGAACAAAAGGCUCUUCACUCCUUGUCUUCCCGUGGCCUCUCAAUUGCACGUCGAGCAACGGCGGUCUCCUUCAAAGUCAGAGUAUGACACCGCAUCCGAGAACCCAUCACCGUCGGAUAUUGAAAGCGAAACAACCGCAUCAGAGGGCCCGGAGGACCCCAUGAGUCCCGAUGAUACACCCACACAACCUACCUCAAACACAUGGCCAAGAACACCUGCCAUCAAACAGUCUCCUUUACCCGAACUCCCUCAACCUACUCACGACCACCUUGUGCCUAGCAAAUAUGCAGGCCGUGCCCUUGCAGAAUGGGCCCACAUUGUUUCAGAAUGUGACAGUUUCUUCGCCCGCCGACGUGAUGAAGGCGUCCCCACUGAUCGCGUGGUGGAAACCCCAACACUAGGCGUCGAAAGCUUCCGCAAAUAA